GUAUCUAGUCAUUUCUUGCUAUCACAGAGACACAGAGAGAGAGAGAGAGAGAGAGAGAGAGAUGGCUACUGUGUUGGAUCAUGGUGUGGUGAAUGAGAAAAAAAGUGUUAAUGGAUGCUGCAAAUCAGGGCCAGGUUAUGCUUCUCCGAUUGAAGCCAUGUCUGGUCCCAGAGAGUCUCUGAUUUAUGUAACUGCUGUCUAUGCAGGUACCGGAAUUGAAAAGCCAGAUUAUUUGGCUACUGUGGAUGUGGAUCCAAGCUCUCCAACUUACUCAAAAGUGAUCCACAGGCUACCUGUUCCUUAUGUGGGUGAUGAAUUGCACCAUACUGGCUGGAAUUCUUGCAGCUCUUGCCAUGGAGACCCAUCCGCGGAGCGACGCUUUCUCAUUGCACCUUCACUUGUAUCAGGCCGUAUAUAUGUGAUUGACACAAAAACAAAUCCAAGGUCUCCAUCUUUGCACAAAGUUGUUGACCCUGCAGAUAUCAUACAAAAGACUGGAUUAGCUUAUCCACACACAUCUCAUUGCCUGGCUUCCGGUGAGCUAAUGAUCUCAUGCCUCGGAGAUAAAGAUGGGAAUGCUGAAGGAAAUGGAUUUCUUCUUCUUGAUUCAGACUUUAAUGUCAAAGGAAGAUGGGAGAAACCAGGACACAGUCCAUUAUUUGGGUAUGACUUUUGGUACCAGCCGCGGCACAAUACUAUGAUUAGCACAUCCUGGGGUGCUCCUACUGCUUUUACCAAAGGUUUUGACUUACAGCAUGUCGCUGAUGGAUUGUAUGGGAGGCAUCUACAUGUAUACAAUUGGCCCGGGGGCGAACUGAGACAAACAUUGGACCUUGGCAACACAGGGCUCUUGCCUUUGGAGAUAAGGUUCCUACAUGAUCCUGCUAAAGACACCGGUUUUGUUGGGAGUGCAUUGUCAAGUAACAUGAUACGGUUUUUCAAAACCCAAGAUGGAUCAUGGAGCCAUGAGCUUGCAAUACCAGUGAAACCACUGAAAGUGCAAAACUGGAUUCUUCCUGAGAUGCCUGGGCUUAUAACAGAUUUUCUGAUUUCUCUUGAUGACCGGUUUCUGUAUUUCGUAAACUGGCUUCACGGGGAUAUAAGGCAGUAUAACAUUGAGGACCUUAAGAAUCCUGUGCUGACUGGCCAACUAUGGGUUGGAGGCCUUAUCCAGAAAGGAAGCCCUGUAGCAGCUAUAGGAGAAGAUGGUAAAACUUGGCAAUCUGAUGUUCCAGAGAUUCAGGGACAAAAGCUGAGAGGGGGCCCUCAGAUGAUUCAACUGAGCUUGGAUGGGAAGAGGCUGUAUGUUACUAACUCACUGUUUAGUGCUUGGGAUAAACAAUUUUAUCCAGGGCUUGUAGAGAAAGGAUCCCAUAUAUUGCAGAUUGAUGUUGACACUGAGAAAGGUGGCCUGAAAAUCAACCCCAACUUCUUUGUUGACUUUGGAGCUGAGCCUGAUGGUCCUGCCCUUGCCCAUGAGAUGAGAUAUCCUGGUGGUGACUGCACUUCAGAUAUAUGGAUUUAAGUUCAAAUGUCAUAUUAGUGUUUAUUUUCAUUUUUAAGAGUUAUAUUCACCUCCAAAACUUCCAUGUCUCGGAUCAUUUCUUUGUGAUUACCACCAAACUUAAUAAAUUGUAGGGUUAUAUA